AUGACGACAGAUUCGAAUCUGGAGUUGCAGGAAUCGGGUUGGGAGGAGCUGAGGAGAGAGGCCAGGAAGAUCGAGGGAGAUCUUGAUGUGAAGCUCUCUUCUUAUGCUAAGCUCGGUGCUAGGUUCACACAAGGAGAAGGUGUAGGAUUGGGAUUGGUGGGUUGUGAUAGUGUAGGACUGGGAAAGAGGUAG